AGCUGCUGAGCCAAGUGGGAGACAGACUUUAAUAAGACUCUCAUCUGUUACGUUGCCAAGACUGCCAGACUUCACCCAGUGGAGACUGCAGAGUGGUUUGGUGCAAUUUCCUGGGCUCAGCUGCUGAAGGUUUAAAGAACCCAGGAGACUGCAACAUGGCAGGGAAGCCCAAGCUGCACUACUACGAUGGACGAGGCCGGAUGGAUUCGAUCCUAUGGCUCCUGGCUGCUGCUGGAGUAGAGUUUGAAGAGAAAUUUAUGGAAACUUCAAAAGACUUGGAAAAACUAAGAAAUGAUGGGAGUUUGAUGUUCCAGCAGGUGCCAAUGGUGGAAAUCGAUGGGAUGAAGCUGGUGCAGUGCAGAGCCAUUCUCAACUACAUCGCCGCCAAACACAACCUCUAUGGGAGAGACACCAAGGAGAGAGCCCUGUGCGGAUUGAUAUGUACAUAGAAGGUAUGGCAGAUUUGAAUGAAAUGUUCAUCUUUUUGCCCAUAACCCCACCUGAUGAGAAAGGUGCCAAGAUUACCCAGAUCAAAGAGAACACAACAAAUCGGUAUUUCCCUGCAUUUGAAA